UCCUAAGCAGGAAGUUAAUCAGAUUUGCUGUAAGUCGAUCAGUUUGCAAAGCUUUGAGAGCCUCACCUCAUUGUCAUUUUCAGUUACUGCGUUCAGUACAAUCUGUAUUGACCUCUUUAAUAGUUGAAUUAAUAACCGUAAACAAAAAGAAACUCAAUAUCUGCAGGAUGGGGGGCUUGCUAAAUCCAGUGUUUAUGUACUCCAAUUUUGAAAAAAGGAGAAAUUAUUUUAUGCCUUUGCUGAAAUUCUGGGCGAUCGUUGAAGGAAAUUGUUUUCCCCUCAUUUUCUUUUGGAAUAAAACCGCAAAAUAAGAGUUCAAACAGCUAGAAUACAGACAGAGCCACUGUGCGUCUGAGGUCAGUGGCCAGAGAAAUGGGCUUUUUCAGGAGUAAGUGGAUUAGUUGGUAAAUCUUUGGGAGUCUGAAAUAGCUGCUUUAUUCACUCUUUGGCUUGAUGUGACCGCUUGCAUGGCAAGAGAACAGCAGGAUUAACUUUACCUUCACUCAAACACUUGCAGUUUGAAAAUGACCAGGAUGUACAGUGUAUCUGGAUGGAUCCAUAAGUUUUGCACAGUGAAGAAAAUUGUGCAUCUUAAAGGAAGACAAAACAAAUGAUAAAGUGACAUUUGCUUUUUUCUCUUAACAUCAAGUUAUCAAAUCAGCUGUGGAUUCAAUGGAUCAAAGAGAAAGUACAGUUCAUUUUCUCUAGCUGUGUUUGGGUGAGUAAUCACAACUCAUUCUUUAGAAGAAAUUCACAUGAUGGUUGCAAAAGUGUCAGUGAAUGUCAGUGAAUUCACUGUGUACACGGAAAAUAAAAGGUGAAUUUAUAAAAAUGUAAAUACAUUUUGUAUGAAGACCAGUUUUAUUCUUGAUUUGAAAAGCCUUGGAUUCCUGGAACUCCAUGAAUUUCACAUUUCAUCCCAAAAUCAAAACCAAACUUCAUAUUUUGCAUAAAGAAUGAAACCUGAUUUUGUGCAUUGUGACUAUUUUCAUGGCACACUACCAUCCCAAACCUGUACCAUACCAAACCCAAACCUUUUACCUGUGAUUUGGAGGCUAUAAUCUAAAAUCAAACUGAGGUACUCAACUGUUCAAAAUUUUGGGGUCAGUAAGAUUUGUAUUUAUUUUAUUUUUUUAAGAAAGAAAUUAAUACUUUUAUUCAGCAAGGAAAUUAAAUUGAUCACAAGUGACAGUAAAGACAAUAAUACAAAAAGAUUUCAUUUUCAAAUUAUUAUUUUUUUUUACUUUGUUAAAGAAUGCUCAGGGGGGGAAAGUAUCAUGGUUUCCACGAAAAAUUAAAGCAACAACUGUUUUCAACAUUGAUAAUAAUAAUAAAUGUUUCUUGAGCAGCAAAUCAGCAUAUAAGAAUGAUUUCUGAAGGAUCAUGUGACACUGAAGACUAGAGUAAUGAUGCUGUUGCCAUCCCAGGAAUAAAUAGCAUUUUACAAAUAUUCAAAUAGAAAACAGUGAUUUUAAAUUGUAAAAACAUUUCAUAAUAUUACUGUAUUUUUGAUCUAAUAAAUGCAGCCUUGGUGAGCAGAAGAGACUUCUUUCAAAAAAAAAAAAAAAAAAUCCUCUUACCAACCCCAAACGUUUGAACAGCAGUGUCUGAGCUUUUUAAUAUUUAUUUAUUUAUUUAUUUAGCCUAGGUCUUGAAAUGACCUCUUUGCAAUCUGUAAUGCUAAUUCGUUUUUCCUGUGCCCAAACAGAUAUUGCCAUGGAGGAGGGAGUAUCAUGGACUUUGGUAAGCAAUGGCAAAAAGUUACAGCCACAGUGUAAAUAUAUUGUUUUUAUAGACAAAUAAUAACCAUCAGAACAAUGUUACACUCUGUUCUUCUAGAGUCAGACUUUACAAGAACCAUCAUCUUGCCUUUUUAAAGGCAUUUUGAUUUCUUGCUGUAAUCAAUAAAGCAACAAGGAUUUCUAGCAUCUACUAGACAGCUGUAUUGCAGAACUGAGCCAAUCUCAUCAGUUGGCGAAUGGUUUUGCUCACCUGAUGACAGGUUCCAGGGUUCCCAGAGCAAAAUACACAAUGGUUGGAGAGGCUCUGCGUUAUGUAAUUCCCUGCCAUAUGCAGUGCUCCAUGGGAUGUGGAGGACAGGCCUGCAAGUACGAGGACCCCUCACACUGGACCGAGGACAACCAGGCCAUCAGAGGAAUCUACUCAUCUUGGAUCACUGAUGAUCUGCUCGCCAUGGCCCGUCCUUCUACUGAAAUUAUUGAAAAAUUCGACAUCAUAGAUCAGUUUUUGAGAUGUGGUUUGAAGACCGUCAUUAACCUCCAAUGCCCUGGCGAACAUGCCAGCUGUGGCAACCCGCUAGAUCCCGAGAGUGGCUUUACUUACCAACCGGAGACAUUCAUGCAGGCUGGAAUAUAUUUCUACAACUUUAGAUGGAAUGACUAUGGUGUGGUGUCUCUCACAUCAGUCUUGGAUAUGGUGAAAGUCAUGUCUUUUGCCAUUCAAGAAGGCAAAAUCGCUGUUCACUGUCAUGCGGGGCUUGGCAGAACAGGUGUGUUGCUGGCCUGUUUCUUGUUGUUCACUACACAGAUGACAGCAGACCAAGCCAUUCUGUUAGUUCGAGAUAAACGACCAAAUUCGAUCCAGACUAGAGGACAGCUCCAGUGUGUCAGGCAGUUUGCUCAGUUCCUAGUUCCCCUAAGGAACUUGUUUGCUAAAGCUGAGCCGAGAGCGCCACCUGUUUCUCUUUCACAAUAUUUGAUCCGGCAGAAAAAUAUACUGCACGGACAUGAGGCUCGGCAGCUGAGAUACGUGCCAAAGCUUGUCACCCUCAUCUGCAGGCUUCUACUGGACAUCGCAGAGAAUCGUCAGGUUAUUGAGGAGGACAUUGUUGAAGUUCCAGACAUCACACCUGUGGCAGAGAAAACGUUUAAUGAAAACUCAAUAUAUCAGUUAAACAGAGAGAUCAUGGGAAAUGGGAUGACUAUCAUCAGGCCACGUCUUCCAGGUCUACCCAGAGCCAAUCGAGACAACUCACAACCUCUUUACUAUGUCCGUAAGAGCCUUAGCUACAGCGAGUCUGACCUGCGGAGGUUAGCAGUGUCUUUAAACCUCUUAGAUAACCCUCUCUGUGUUUUAGCCAGCAUCCACUCAUCCACCAGCAGCAAUCAGCUGGGAGUUUCCCAGAACUAUGUCCCUCCUUCUCUGGGGGCUUGUAAGGACAAUCCCAUCUACAGCUCAACCAACAAUAUAUGGGAGCUGAAAACACUUAUGGACCAGACAGAAGGAUCUCCACUGCUCAAAAACAGGAGGCAGUCUGUCCUGCAGCGAAGCCAAUCUCUAGGCGUUUCGGAUGAGAAAAACACCACAAGCAUCGCCAGGAUACUGUCUUUCUGGAAGAAAGACUGCAAGCAAAGUUCUGACUCUGACGAGACUAAAAAAGUUCAUGGAAAAGACCAUUCGGAGGUGCCCUUCAUUACUGUCCAGUCCGAGUUGUCUCUGGAAUCACGGCGACUCCUGGUGGCUCAGUCCCUCGCGGUAGACCUUGAGAAGGAUGGAGAAAAGGAACAAAUUCAGAAAGUGGCUGCUUGGCAGACCAAUCUUAAUCGCCAGGGUGCUUGGGAGCGACUGUGUUUGGAAAAAGACCCAUUUAUUCUGUCUGGAAUCUUGUGGUCCUGGCUGGAGCAGCUCAAAGAACCAAUCAUCUCAGCUCAUGAUGUUCACACGCUAGAAGAGACCAUUCAGGACCCCAAGACUGUCCUCAGCAGCCUAGAUAGGGCUUCAAGAGAAACAGUUAUGUGUAUUCUGGACUCUUUUGCUCAUUUAUUCACAAUACCUGAGGAAGUCGAGAGCGCUUUUCUGGAGCAAGCAACAAAAGCUUUCACAAUGAUGAAAAACACAGAUGGUGGGAAGAGUGUCCACGAAAUCAUGAAAAAGGUCUUAAAGCUUGUUCUGCAUCAUUUGAGGUCAGCUGCCAUGAACGAGUUUGAGGUGUAACACAGGUAACAAUACCUAACUGAACACCUUAACUACAAACAGAAUUAGUUUACAUCUUUGUCAAUCAUCAAAGAAAAACUCUACACAUCUGCUUCUGCAGUUU